GACAUCGAAAUUUCUGUCGAAGAACAGUGCAUAGACGAAACACCGCUAUGUAAACACGAAGCAAAAGAGUAAAUGGUGAUAAAAGAACUUUGGAAAAGAAUCUUACGUGGCAUUCCUUUGUAAACAGUAUUCAUUCCGGGCCUCAAAAUGGACUUCCUCCCAUCAUGGCUGCUAAAAAUCAACCUUGUCGACCUCAUUUUCAUCACAUUCACCAUUACGAUGGUCAUCUUUAGUGCCCUCAUGAACUCCAUCGAGCCGUAUUUACCUGUUUCGAUCCGGCAAAGCAUCCGCUAUGGCAAAUUCGCGUACACCGGAAAGGACCAAGACAAACUGGUAUCAAUGAUGGAAGUCCCCAAAUCAUGGUUCAAGCAUUUCUACCUCUUCGCCGCUGCAUAUUCGGCAAUCGCAAUGUUUCUAGUCACUUUUGUGUAUUUACGUGGAAUGUCUGUGCCUGGAAUUGUAAUUGGAUUCCUAGAUUUAGUCUAUGGUUUCAACAGAACGGAGAAAAUUGACUCAACCACAACUUUCGUAGCUAUGCUGCUCAUUACCGCACAGUGCCUUCGUCGCUUCUACGAGACUCACUUUGUCCAAAUAUUCUCUGCAAAAGGAAAAAUCAACUUUUCUCACUACAUGGUCGGAUAUUUGCACUAUUUUGGCACCGUUACAGCAAUUUUGGGUGCUGCCAAUGGUUUUGUUGCUGGAUCCGAGGUCAUCAAACCACAAUUGACGGAUCUCAGUCCGAGACAUUUUUGUUCCAUCAUUUUGUUUAUUUGCGCUUGGACAUUGCAAUAUCAGUCAAACAUGAUUUUAGUGAAUAUGCGGAAGGGGAAAGAUGGAAAAGUUGUCACACAAAAGCAUUUGAUGCCCCAAGGAGGGUAUUUUGAGAAGGUAUCAGCGCCGCAUAUGUACUUUGAGAUCCUCAUGUAUGUCGCCUUGUUUGGACUUUUGUAUCAGAAUGUCACUUCGUUGUAUAUUGUUGUGUGGGUUUUAUCGAAUCAAGUCCAUAAUGCACUCAUGACGCACAAAUGGUAUCAGGAGAACUUUAAAGACUAUCCGAAACAGCGAAAAGCUAUUUUUCCGAAUAUUUUAUGAGAAAGUGAGACAACUUUAGUACAAUAAAAUUUACUGCUUUUUAGAAAAAUCUA